GGCGGAUCACUGAUUUAUAACGAUGAUUCCCGAGCACGGAGCCAGCGCUGGUUAAAAAUCAAAUGUCUGGGCGGGCAGGAACUCAGUGGCGAGCAGAGCGGCACGAGCACCGCACGCGAAUGUCUUCCGUCGGAAUUAGAGUGUGAAUUGUGUCAAGGAUCUAUGUGAUAUUUAUGUACUAUAUGUAGAAUGAAAGCCGUACAUGAGCAACGAAGGCCGAAUCCGGUGCUAAAGGCCAAUUUCCUCUCCAAAUGGUUUUUUAUCUGGACACGCGAGAUUCUCGCCAAGGGAAUGCGCAAGAGUGUGGAGCCGUCGGAUCUGUAUGCGCCCGUGCCCAAACUCGACAGUCCCAAGGUGUCGCAGUUCCUCCUCGGCCACUGGGAGAAGGAGCUGAAGCGUCCCAAGCCCAGCGUCUUGCGUAUGGUCUUUCGGGCAUACGGCUGGGGAUUUGUACCUGUCAGUAUAGUCUACUCGCUGCUGGCCAUCGUUGUGCACACUUUGCAGCCACUGCUGCUGGGCGGCCUGGUCUCCUACUUCUCGGAGAGCACCGAUGACAUCUCCAAGAAGUCGGCAUACUUGUAUGCCAUGGGCGUGGUCCUGUGCUCCCUGGUCUCGGGUCUGUUCUACCACCCCUUCAUGCACUACCUGUUCGGGGUGGGCUCCCGCAUCCGGCUGGCGUGCGCUGGACUCGUCUACAGGAAGUGCCUGAGGGUGUCGGUGGCCGCGGACAACAGCGGCAUGAGUGGCUAUGCCAUAUCCCUAAUGGCCACCGAUCUGCCGCAGUUCAACGAGGCCUUCUACUUCUUCCAAGAGCUGUGGCGCGGUCCGCUGGAGGGACUGGUGUUUGGCUACAUCAUCUUUCAGCUGAUUGGCUGGCCGGCGCUCGUGGGACUGGCCACCAUCAUCGUGUUCAUACCGCUGCAGGCGUGGGCUGCCCGGGCGACGGCCCGGUUCAAGCGGAGAUCGGCGGAGUUUGGCGAUGAGCGGGUGAAGCUGAUGAACGAGAUCAUCACGGCCAUGCAGCUGAUCAAGAUGUACGCGUGGGAGAAGUCGUUUGCCAAGCUGAUUGGCCGCGUCAGGAAGAAGGAGAUGGGCUCCAUACGCGGAUCAAUGUACAUCUAUGCGGCCCUGCAGUGCACCGGAAUGAUAUCGAAGCUGUCGCUCUUCCUGUCCCUUGCCAGCUUUGUCUUCACCGGGGACAUUGUCACCUCGCAGAAGGUCUUCAUUGUGUCCAGCUACUACGACCACCUCAACGAGUCCCUGCUGCAUCUCUGGCCGCUGGCCAUUAACAUCUGGGCCGAGACAUUUGUGGUUGCCGGUCGCGUGGUGGACUUCCUGCUCCAGCACGAAGAUCCCGCCGAUGGAGGCGUGGACAACUUCAAGGAUGUGGACGAGGACGUGGAGCACGGCAACUUCUUUGGCCGCAUGCACAAUCCGCGCGCCAUGCACAAGAGCGUCACCGUACAGAAGCUGACGGCCAGCUGGGACCAGGCCAAGCAGGAGAAGCGCCAGCGCCACAUCGACGACAUUAGCUUCCAGGCCACGGAGCAGCAGUUCGUGGGUAUCGUUGGCACUGUGGGCGCCGGCAAGAGCACCCUUCUGCAGGCCCUGCUGGGGGAGCUGGAUAUCAUCAGCGGCAAUGUGGAGCUCAACGGUGUCCUCAGCUAUGCCGCCCAGGAGCCCUGGCUGAACCGCUGCAGUCUUCGCGACAACAUCCUCUUCAUGGAGGUCUUCGACGAGCAGCGAUACAAGGAAGUGCUGCGCGUCUGUAUGCUGGACAAGGACAUCGAGGAGCUGCCCGCCGGAGACGCCACCAUUGUGGGCGAGGGAGGAGCCAGCCUAAGCGGGGGCCAGAAGGCGAGGGUCAGUCUGGCGCGUGCCGUGUACCGCAAGGCCGACAUCUAUCUGCUGGACGAUCCCCUCUCCGCAGUGGACUCGCAUGUGAGCAAGAUGCUGCUCGAUCGGUGCCUCAACGACUUUCUCAGCGAUAAGAUCCGCAUCCUGGUCACGCAUCGUGUCCAGCUGCUGAAGCAUGUCGAUCACUUGGUGCUACUGGAAAGCGGUCGGGCCUCUAUUCAGGGCCAGUACGAUAAUCUGAAGAAGCUCAUCCGGUUCCGCAUGUCGGUGGCAAACGACAGCGAGGUGGCUAAGCUCCGUGCCGUACGCACUGACAGCAUCUUCGAGGAGACGCAGCCCAGGGAGCCCCUGACCCAGCAGCAGCAAGUCGAUCUGGAUCGAUCGGAGCAGCAGUACAAGGAGCAGCAGCUACGGGGAUCGGUCAAAUGGUCCACGUACAAGGCAUACCUGGGAAUCCUGCGCAUUCCUUCUGUGGUGGUGCUGAUCCUUAUACUUUUCAUUGCGGCCCGCGCCUCAGAGGCCACCAUGGAUAUCUUCCUGUCCAAAUGGGCCACCUGGGAGGAGACGGAGCCCAAUCAGCACGAGCCCAUCCCGCAGUAUCACAAGACCCGUAUGCGUCUAGUCACCCUCUACCUGGUUCUGAUCCUGAGCACCCUGAUCCUGUAUGUGCUCCGAACCUUUGGCUUCUUCAUGAUGUGCCUCCGCAUCUCGCUGCGCAUCCACAACUACCUCUUCCGGGGCAUAAUCCGCGCCAGCAUGCAGUUCUUUACGCUGGCCACAUCCGGGCGUAUACUCAACCGUUUCUCGAGCGAUAUCCUGGCCAUUGAUGUCACUCUGCCGCAGUCGAUGAUGGACUCCAUUGAGUUCUUUGUGGAUGCCUUGGCUGUCCUCGCGGUGGUAAGCACGGCCAACACGUGGCUGCUCAUUCCGGCCAUUGUUGUGAUGGCUCUGCUGUACCUCUGCCGAUGCCUGUACAUUGGAGCCAGCCGGAGCCUGAAGCGCAUCGAGACCAUCUCCCGCAGCCCCCUUUACUCCCACACGAAUGCCACCUUUAAAGGACUCACCACGAUACGUGCCUUCAACGCCACCAAGCGCCUGGAGCGGGACUUUCAUCGCUUACAGAAUGAGAACACCUCGGCCCUGUACCUGUAUGUGAGCGUCAACAGGGCCUUCGCCUUCUGGACGGACCUCAUCUGCGUGCUGUACAUCCUGGCGGUGACCUUCAGCUUCCUGCUGGUGGAACAAAGGGAGCACGGCUACUACAGCGGCGAUGUGGGACUGGCCAUCACCCAGUCCAUGAAGCUGGUGCUCAUGUGCCAGUGGGGCAUGCGGCAGACGGUGGAGCUGGAGAACCAGAUGACCAGCGUGGAGCGGGUGAUGGAGUAUGUGAACAUACCCCCGGAGCCGGCCUACGAGACGCCGGAGUCGGUUAAUCUACCCGCAGGAUGGCCCAGCGCCGGGCAGGUACAUUUCCAGGAUCUGCGCCUGCGCUACAGCGAUCAUGGUCCGUAUGUGCUCAAGGGACUCAGCUUCACCAUCCAUCCCAAGGAGAAGAUUGGAAUCGUGGGUCGCACGGCCGCCGGCAAGUCCUCGAUUGUGCAGGCCCUCUUCCGGCUGGCACCCAUCGACGGCAUCAUCGAGAUCGAUGGCUACGAGACAUCCGUUUUGGGACUCCACGACCUGCGCAGCCGCAUGUCCAUCAUUCCCCAGGAUCCUGUCCUAUUCUCGGGCACACUGCGCUACAAUCUCGAUCCGUUUGAGCAGAAAACGGACGAGCAACUGUGGCAGGCCCUGGAAGCUGUCAAGCUGAAGCAGUUCUUUUCGGGUCUGAAGGGGGGUCUGAGCUGCCGCCUCCACGACAGCGGGGCCAACUUCAGCAUGGGCCAGAGGCAGCUGGUCUGCCUGGCGCGGGCCAUACUUCGCCAGAAUCAAAUACUCAUCAUGGACGAGGCCACGGCCAAUGUGGAUCCCGAGACUGACAAGCUCAUCCAGGAGGCUAUACAAACCAAGUUCGAGCACUGCACGGUGCUGACCAUCGCCCAUCGCCUGCACACGGUGAUGGACAAUGACCGCGUGCUGGUCAUGGAUGUGGGCCGCGUGGUGGAGCUGGGCCAUCCCCACGAGCUGCUCCAGCACCGCAACGGGCACCUCUAUCGCUUCGUGGAGAAGACGGGAGUCGGCACCGCUCAGCAUCUGCGCCACCUGGCCGAGCAGAGCUACCGCAAGCGGGUGCUGGGCAGGAGGGCUCGGGACUCCGAGCCUGUGUCGGAGCAGGGCUACGGCUACCAUGGCACCACUCUCUAAAAGACUGCAGCUCAUACUUAUACUAUACUGUACUGUACUAUAGGUAUAUAAGAAGGUACUCGUACACGGGGGUCGUUUGUUUUGUUCUGUAAGGUAUGGUAAUAUAGUUUUUAUUAUAGUGAACUGAUCUUUAAAUAUAUAUUUUAUAUAUGUAUAUAUUUAUAUAUGUAUGUACUUCAUAAUAUAUAUAUAUACUUAGUUGAUUCAACUCUUCCGUUUGCCUUUCUUGAAGUUGGAAAAAAGCAGUUAAUCUUCAUGUAUCUUCGUAUCUCUAUAUCUGCUAUGUAUCUUCGCUACUCGUACUGUCUGGCUUUGAUUCGCUCUCUAUAACUACGAUCCUUUGCUAGUUUACUUUGAUCUUGUUUAUCUUGUUCCUUUUUCAUUUUUUCUUUGUUUUUUGUUCUUGUUGUUUUAGUCACAAGUCACAUGAGAAAUCGAAAUGUUUAACUAUAUAAUAUGUAUGUUUUGCUUCUGUUCUAGGCUUAGAGAAUUAGUUCUUUUGUUUCGUUAAUAUUAAACUUUAAUAUUGGUUUCUUAGAUGUGCGAUAAUGGCAUUUGAAUCUAGAUGUAUACAUAAUACAUAAUAUUAGCAUUACGAGAUAUAAAAUUUGUUUUCCUUUCGACUUUUAGGUAGAGUGUAAAUGAAUUUAUCGCAUUGAGUUUGGUUGGUUGGUUGUUCCCUCACGGAACUUUAAUACAAGUGUAUAUAUAGUAUUAGUUGUAUGUAGUUGUUGUUCGUGUAUAUAAUGUAUAUAUUAAAGUAAAUAAAGCAUAUUCAUGUAUGUAUAUAACUGGUUUUAAAAUAUUCUCUUCCACUUCAUCGCUCUUCAUCGAGUUAGCUUAUUUAAAAUUCGCUUAAGGUCUGCCUUCAACAAACGGUAUUUGAUGUAAAUAGAAAAAUCAGUGAUGUCAUUUAUUAUAAUUAGUUGCUAUUCUGGUGCUUAGAUGUUACAUGUCUUGCAGUUCCCAAACUAAAAACCGGGUUGAUCCUCGAAAUUCUUCCCCAAAUUCCAAGGACCAAAUCGUUUUUAUUGAACGCAUUUUGGAAUGUAAAUAAGUAUUUAGAUUUCUUGUCCUAGAAAUAAGAUUGUUUGUUUGCUCGUUCAUUAUAAGUUUUUUUUUUUGUGUUUUUUUUGUUUUUUUGGUUUUUAAGAAAAAUUCGAUGCUUUAAUAAAAUUGUUCUGGUUUUUGCUUUGUUUUUUUUUUUGUUGUUCGUCGUUAGAGUUACACUAAUUUUAAUUGUUUAGCUAGAGUUCUCAAGCAUUUUAAGAUUAUUUUCUUGCUCUACAGUUAUUUGUAUCUUGUAUUCGUUUUGUUAUUCUCACAGUUAAGCUUCUUUGAUUGAGCACAAAAGCAAAUGAGAGUUCUCUGUUUUUCCAUGGUGUCUGGGGGCAACAACUAAACCUUAUCGAUCUCAAACUUCUAUAUCUACUAUGGCUAUAACUUGGAGAUCAUCUUUCAGCGGGCACCGCUUCGAACUCUGCAUUGGACAGACCCGAAAAUCUUCCCCUAUUCCCGGCUAGCCCAAUGCACAAUCCCAGGUCCCCCCCGGCCACGAUCCCGAUCGGUGAGUGGUGGAAAUUGCUGUUAAACCAAAUUUAGCACAAAUUGUUUACAGGGUCGUAGUAGUAGAACUUAGGUCAAAAUAUAAUAGGCAUUAUUCGACUGGAAGUCAAUUUAGAUUCUAUGUAUAGGUGUGUGCGUACUGCUAGCAUUAAUUGUAUAUAUUCAUUAUCCUUAGUAUCAUUUUGUGUUGUGUGUGUGUGUCUGUGUGUUCCCUAAGACUUUUGCUCUUUUUAGCUGGCAAAAAGUUGGUAAAAAUAUAGGUACGAUCUUGCCGUUUCUCAAUCCCUAGAGCGAGAGAAAUGAAAUUUGAAAACAAGGAUAAUCUGAACGUGCGUGCUUCGCAAUGAAACGCAUAUUUUGAUUAUAAAAUAUGGUCCCGAGGUUGUUUAAUAUUUCUUCAUCUUGGUUUCCUACCAUUUCCAUCUUGGGCUAACAUCCAUAUGUGGGAGCUAGAGCGGCAAUUGGAGGCGUGGCUCAGUCGCGAUCUGAGUCGGCUUGUCACUAUAGUUACGAGUAUAGAUAAGGCGUUGUAUCAGCGAAUUGCUUUUGGUUUAAUCCGAAUUCAUUUCGUUUUUGGCAAUGAUUCCGCACUGACCCUCCGCGAAAAGGGGGUCACGUCACACCAAUUGAGAUUGAUUGGUUAUAGAACACUACGAGCUACGAGCUGAGAUCUGAGAUCUGAGUGCCUGACACUAGGGUCUCUCUACGGUUUCGUUUCUCUAUGCCUAGUGGGUCUUUCUCUGUUUUGUUUCCUAAAGCCUCCUUCAACCCAAAGCUUAGAAUAUAGUUCAACUGCAUUACAAUAUUUUUUAUAUAAAUGAAUAAAGUUUUC